UCAACACGUGCAGUAGCUUGCUGACAAAAAUAAAUCAUUUUCUUUAAAUCAGUGAAUAAAAUAUUUAUAAAUUAGUAAUUAACAUAAAAAAUAAUUAAAAAUGUCUAUGCGUGAAAAACUGUUGAUGAAAAAAAUUAAAAAACGCGAGAAAGUGAAGAAAGAAUUGGCUGAAAAGAAGGGUAAGCAACAAAAACAGCAGCCACCAUCAAAACAACGUGUGAAACAUGUAGCUCCAGUGGAAGAGGAUGAAGAGGAUGAUGAUUUCCAAGAAAUGCCUAAACAAAUUUUAAAAAAUGGAAAGCCACAAAAGAAAAAGAAGCAACAACAAAUGCAAGUGGUGAAUUCGGAUUCUGAAAGUGAUGAUGAAGAAGAUGAUGAUAUGGAGGACAGUGAAGAGGAAGAUGAUGAAGAAGAAGAUGUGGAGGAGGAAGAUGGCAGUGAACUAUCCGAUAGCGAAGAUGAGGAAGUGGAACAUCCCGUAAAGAUGCCGAUUAUGGAAAAGCCAAAGAAUGUUAAGAAAGUUAAAGAGGAACAAUCAUUCGAUGAGCUUGAUCCUACGGCCGCUGCCAAAGCCUUGGAAAAACGUGACAGUAAUGAUCGCACAUUUGCCUCGCUCAAGGGUAUUGUGUCAGAUGCUACUCUAAAGGCUAUUGACGAAAUGGGUUUCACCGAGAUGACUGAAAUUCAAGCCAAAUCAUUGCCUCCCUUGCUGCAAGGUCGUGACUUGGUGGGAGCUGCUCAAACUGGUUCGGGCAAAACUUUAGCUUUCCUGAUACCAGCCUUAGAAUUGAUUUACAAACUUAGAUUCAUGCCCCGCAAUGGUACUGGUGUUAUAAUCAUCUCUCCCACCAGAGAAUUGUCUAUGCAAACAUUUGGCGUUUUAAAGGAAUUAAUGAACCAUCACAAUCAUACAUAUGGCUUGGUAAUGGGUGGUUCCAAUCGCCAAGUAGAAAGUGAAAAAUUAAGUAAGGGUGUAAAUAUUUUGGUGGCAACACCAGGUCGUUUAUUGGAUCAUUUACAAAACUCACCCGAUUUCUUGUACAAGAAUCUGCAAUGUUUGGUAAUUGAUGAAGUCGAUCGUAUAUUGGAAAUUGGUUUCGAGGAAGAACUUAAGCAAAUUAUUAGUUUGUUGCCCAAACGUCGGCAGACCAUGUUGUUUUCGGCCACACAAACCGAAAAAAUUGAUGCCUUGUCGAAGUUGGCCUUGAAAAAGGAACCCAUCUAUGUGGGUGUAGACGACAACAAGGACACAGCUACUGUUAGCGGUCUAGAGCAAGGAUAUAUUGUUUGUCCUUCAGAAAAACGUCUAUUAGUGCUUUUCACUUUCCUUAAGAAAAAUCGCAGGAAGAAGGUUAUGGUCUUCUUUUCGUCCUGUAUGUCUGUUAAAUACCAUCAUGAAUUGUUCAACUAUAUAGAUUUGCCAGUCACUUCCAUACAUGGUAAACAAAAGCAAGCAAAACGUACCACAACUUUCUUCCAAUUUUGUAAUGCUGCCGAGGGUAUUUUACUGUGUACUGAUGUGGCAGCUCGUGGUUUGGACAUUCCCCAAGUUGAUUGGAUUGUACAAUACGAUCCUCCAGAUGAUCCUAAAGAAUAUAUACAUCGCGUUGGUCGUACUGCUCGUGGUACUGGCAGUUCUGGUCAUGCCUUGUUAUUGUUGCGUCCUGAAGAACUUGGUUUCUUGCGUUAUUUAAAGGCUGCCAAGGUACCAUUGAAUGAAUUCGAAUUCUCUUGGAAUAAAAUCGCAGACAUUCAACUACAACUGGAGAAACUAAUUUCGAAAAACUACUUCCUAAAUCAAUCAGCCAAAGAGGCUUUCAAAUCAUAUGUUCGUGCCUAUGACUCCCAUCAAUUGAAGACCAUAUUUGAUGUCAACACCUUGGACUUGCAAACUGUUGCCAAGAGUUUUGGUUUCCUGGUGCCACCAGUGGUUGAUCUUAAGGUCGGUGCGGCCAAGCGUCAACGGCCCGAAAGACGUGUCGGUGGUGGUGGUUUUGGUUACUACAAAAACAUGAACGAAGAUAAAAACAAACAACGUGUAUUUAAACAAGUUAGUCGUGAGCAAAUGCAAAAUAAAGGUAAAAACUUUAUGCGAUAGUGAAAGAUUUUGUUAUUUUAAGCUGUAGUUAUUAUGUUCAAUUUUUAAAAACAUUUAUUUUUGUAUUAGUGUACAAAACAAAUAAAAAAUAAAGUAAAAACAAACACAAGAAAACGAAA